GACCGUGGAGGUUCAUCAGCUCGGAGUUUCUUCAGCGAGAUCGCGGGCGGCUGGAAGACAGGCUGAAUCUCACACGGCAUGAUUGAAACAUUUUACCGUGUGAGAAAGAUAUAUUACCUGAUCGUUUCCGUUAUCGGUGUUCCUGUGAAUUUAGUGGCGAUUGCGAUCCUGUCCCGGGGAAAGUGCGGCCUCUCUACCUGCACCACUCGCUACCUGGUAGCCAUGGCGACGGCGGAUCUACUAACCAUCAUCUUUGAGGUCAUAUUUUGGCGAGUCAGUUAUUAUUACUUCCCCGGGACUUUCCUGGACAUCACCCCCGUGUGCAGUGUGAUCUCCGCCUUGGGAAAGGCAGCCACCGACUGUUCUGUCUGGUUCACCGUCAGCUUUACGUUUGAUCGGUUUGUCGCCAUCUGUUGUCAGAAUCAGAAAGCAAAAUAUUGUACCGGGAAAACUGCCGCUGUAGUCCUGACAACAACCGGCGUCCUGCUCUUUUUUUAAGGAUGUGCCCUACUUCUUUCGAUAUCGUCCUUUGAAAGUGAUCGGCAAUAUACCCUGGGACUGUAUUACAAAGCCGGGCUACUAUACGGACCCCAGGUGGGUGGGAUUUAGAUGCUUUUCUAUCGUUCUGACGCCGUUACUUCCAUUCGUGUUAAUACUAUUGUUCAACGCGCUGACAGUCAGACACAUUUUAGUAACGAGUCGCGUCCGUAAGCAGCUGAGGGGUCAGAACAAGACAGAGAACCGCAGUGACCCGGAGAUGGAGAGCAGGAGGAGGUCUGUGAUCUUACUUCUCACCAUCUCCGGAAGCUUCAUCAUCCUGUGGUCGGUGAAUGUUGCCGAAUUCCUUUAUUACACCAUCGCCGGAUUGGAUCAGAAUAAUUACAAUGAUUCGGAAUACAUAUUUGAACACUCUGGACACAUACUGCUGGUGUUCAGUUGCUGCACAAACACUUUUAUUUAUGGAAUAACUCAGAACAA